CAUUUUUGUUUUCAAUAUUUCGUAAGUCCGUUGACUAUGGGGAUUUCCCGGAAAGGCUUUGGGUGCGCGUGACGAUUUUCUUUGUACACAAGACAAAUCUUACUGACGAAGUCGCACAGAUGUAUAGAAAGAGUUUCAAAGUAUUGCAUUUUAAAAAGCAACCCACAUCUAUUGCCCAAGUGUGCCUAAACAAUGGCAACAAGCACUUCAUCUUUAGAACCUUUACGAAGUAAAACUGCUUCGAUUCCUGGCAAUGUGAGCUUCAGUCCUAUGCCCAAUGUUUCACCUCCGCCAUCGUUGAUUGAGGUAGAAGGCAUACAAAAAAAUUUAUUCAUCAACCCUGUCGAUGAACAGUUCGUCUGCACAAUAUGCAAGAAGGUGUUACGAUGGGCCAUGCAGGAAGGAUGUGGCUGUAGAGCCUGCUUUGGAUGUCUACAAAGAACUAUCAAGACUCAAAGUGAAACUGUCACUUGCCCCAACUGUGGAGAAUCGUUCCCUAAGGAGGACAUCAUUAAAGACAACCAUGCGAGAAAAAAACUGGAGAAGCUGCAUGUGUACUGCGCAAACAGGGAGGCCGGUUGCCAGAAGCAGCUACUGUUGAGGAACCUGGAUGCACACGUACAGCAGGAAUGUGAAUACGAGAUGAUACAGUGUAUUCACAGGAGCAAAGGAUGCACGGCUGGAAUUCUCAGACAUAAGUUCGCCCAGCAUUUGAAGGAUGAAUGUUUGUUCCGCAGAGUGAAAUGCCAGUUCUGUGGUACGGAGUUGAUGGUAAAUGAGCAAGAGUCGCACGAGAAGAAAUGCAGAGAGCUCAUGGUUUCAUGCCCAAACAACUGUGGUACAACUUUGGUUCAUAAAGAUAGAAUUGAUGAACACAUUACAACAAGCUGUCCACUGACUGCAGUUGAGUGUCUUUUCAAACGUUAUGGGUGUAACUUUUCGCAACAACGUAAAAUGAUGGAUGACCACAUGAAAGAAGCCCAAGCGUAUCACCUCACGCUAGUCACCCAAAACAUCAUCCAGAUAGAUUCCAUGUUGUCUACUAUGUCUCGUAAAGUUGAUGCAAUAACCGUUGGAAACCAGAUGCACAGUUUGGACAUCUCCAGCGGAGGCCUCAAGCAAUUACCCCAGAGGAACGAGAAGCAAAUCCGAGAUUUGCAGAGAAACAUUGCACCGAGGCUAGAGAAGAUAGACACGUUGGAGGACAGUAUGAACCAGAUGGCCAAGCAGACGACAGUGAUGGCACUCCAAGAGUCCCUCAAGCCUGUCCAGAACAAGUACGAGCAAUUCCAAAGCAAACUGCAAGAAUUGGAGCAGCAGGUUGCCGGCAGAUCGUCAUCGGGGCCCGAAGUAUCGCUAUUGAGUGGAAGUGCAGUGUCUGCUCCGCGGGUCACAGCAAUGGAGAAUCAGAUGGGAAUGCACGCCGUCCGCAUCGCAGAGCAUGACCUUAGAUUCCAGGUAAUGGAGACGGCAAGUUUUGACGGAACUCUCCUCUGGAAGAUCAAGGAUUUCUCAAGACGCAAGAGGGAUGCAGACAACGGGAAGACGCUGUCACUGUACAGCCAGCCAUUCUAUACGAGUCGCUACGGUUACAAGAUGUGCGCGCGCGUAUAUCUGAAUGGCGACGGGAUGGGCAAAGGCACCCAUGUGUCUUUGUUUUUUGUGGUGAUGCGAGGUGAUUAUGAUGCCUUGUUACCAUGGCCAUUCAGCCCUAAGGUGACGUUGAUUUUGAUGGAUCAAGACAAGGGUCGACGCCAUUUGACAGAUAGCUUCAGGCCAGACCCGUCAUCUUCUAGCUUCCAGCGCCCCACUAAUGAGAUGAACAUCGCCUCUGGAUGCCCGCUCUUUGUCUCUCAGUCUGUGCUGAGCGACGUAGCGUACGUCAAGGAUAACGUAAUGUUCAUCAAGGUGAUUGUAGAUGUGACCGAUGUGGUCCGGCCGUGAUUAAAGCUUUGGUUUAAGACUCCUUCAUGGAUCUUGGAAGGGUUCAGAUUUAUAGCUUGCCAUAUUUUGUAAAGCCGCUGGCCACGCGAAUCUGCGUAGGGCAGACUAAUCCUGCUUAGCAGCUUUAUGUAAUAAGGUUUGAAAGAUGAGGAACUGUUUGAAGUAAACUUCCCAAGAUUUCCCUGUAUAUUUUUUCCUUCUGUCUUCUCUUUCUGUUUUCAAAAUUAUUUACUUAUAACUUCCUUGAACACACCUUUGAAAAGCUGUAAUAAAAAAAUUAAAAUGUAAACAUGUUAUUAUAAUUCUCUUAAAUACACCUCUAAAAAGAAAUGAAUACCAAACUAAAAAAACAUGUAUUUAUAAUUUUCCUAAAUACACCACUAAAAAACUAGAAGUAAACUUAAGUAUUACAGCCCAUUAAAUUAGCACUUGCAACACACACUUUUACUUUUUACACAAGGCACAAACCCCCUCACAACAGCAAUCAGAAAUUUAUUUUGUCUAGAGUUGGAAUUCUUUUAACAAGUAUUUUACAGAGAUUUUUGCCUCACAAAGACAGUCUUGCUUUUCAAAAGCCAUACAGUCGAUUAAAUUUAAUUUAAUUCAAUUCAAUUAGCAUUAAUUAUGUUCUGAUCUUUUAAUUUGGAACUUACUAUUCAAGGCAUUCGCAUUUUCAUAAUAAAUUGUUAAUUUUUCCAUUUGAAAAAUCAAAGAGACUUCUUUAUUAUAUGGGUACUGGGCCCAAUUUUAUAAAGCCUAUAAGCACAAAAAACACUUGCUUAGCACAGUUGUUGCAGCUGGUGCCACAUUAAUUUUUUGCUUAGCAAAGAUAUUUACUCAGCAGUAUUUUCCGCUAAACAGCUUUAUGAAAUUGGAUCCUGGUCAGGAAGGUCCGGUGACAUCUAAGAGAUUUAACCGACGUCCAACAAUGAACUUAAGAACCACAUUUUGAACUCAAACAAGUCCCCCCAAAAAUUACCUGCAUAAAGCAGCAGAAGGAUUUUGUGAUUUUCUUUUUUUAAAUUGGUAUUUUUGUGUGAAGUUGUUGUUGCUGCUGAUGUUGUUCAAAUUGUCCUUGAGGUUUGCACUAUGCACCAGGCAAGCAUGAACCUUAUUCAAAGCCCUAAGUCAAAGCGCUAGAACGGGCAACCCAACUCACUGCAACGUGCACUAUUAACAACAAGGUUGAUUAAUAUUCCUUAUCCACCGAUGCAAGUUUCCUUCUAUUAAAUCAUUGCUAGACUGAAGGAUUCGAUCUGCCUUCUAGCUACCCGUGCAAUCAUGAUGGUCUAGUUGUUAAACCUAGAAUUGCAAAGGUUGUGGGUUCGAAUCCCGUCGUAGUUGUAUGUCUUUGAUGGUUUCACAGAGCUCGGGAAAGUAUACAUUGCUAACACACAUUGGUGUAUUAUGAGUGAAAGCAAAAUUAACAAGGUUUUAUAAUGCAGUCAAAAUAUUAUUGUAGUCCUCAAUUCCUUUUAGUGUAAAGACCCCUCCCUUUUUUAGGCGGUUGGGGGAGGGGGAAACCAUAGAUGUCUCACCUGUACCUGGAUAUACAUUAGAGUGGUUUUCUAUGUAAACUAAUGCCUGACCUUUGUCUUAAGAAGAAGAGAAUUAAGCUUAUAGGAUUUAGGUACUUUUUGUAAAACAAAACACAAUGCCCACACACCUACAUUAAACUCACACAGUUU